CGUGAUUGCGGGGUGGUGUGUAGGUUGUAAGCUCUCCAGGGAAGGGGCCUGCUUCUAUUCGGCACUUGAGUGUGAAUAUAAUGGCUUCUUUGGCUAGCAAGGAUUCUUAUCUGCAAAAACUUGCCAAGAAAGUCUGCACACAGCCAAGUCAGGAGCCGCGGAAAAGAAAGAACGAAUUUAUAAAGAGAGAUGGAUCUGAAGAGCCUGGACAGCCAAAUAAAAAGAAGAAAAAGAAGCCCCGUAAUAAAAAAAUGAAGGCUCAAUCAGAUAAAAGAACUUGGAAUGUCCCGCAAAUAACAUCCAAUCCUCAAAAACUAGCCAAGAAUGGACAAACCCCCUCCAGUACAGGCACUGCUGCAAGUUCCUUCUCCACUGUGGAUAUUUUGAGGAAGCGACUACAGGAAAAGAUACAGGAGUCUCGUAGUCAGUUGUCCAAUAAAUCUCUUACCCCGGAGGAUGCUGAGAAGCGGAGGCAGCGCAGAAAGCAAGAACGAGAAAGGAAGAAGAGGAAGAGAAAGGAGCUAAAGAAGAAAGCAGCACAAGAACCAGAAGGGAAUGAGGUUAAGGACACUAAGGAAAGUCCAGAAACCACCAAGGAGAAGGACCCAGUACCAAUAGUGUUUAACAAUGUAGAAGUUAGUGAUGAACUGCCCAAUAAAGUGAUGCAAAAGAAAGCAAAGAAAGAAAGGGUGAAAGGAAACAUCACCCCAAUGACCGGGAAGAAUUACAAACAGUUGCUCAGCCGCCUAGAGGCCAGGAAAUGCAAGCUGGAAGAAUUAAGGGCAAAAGAUGAAGGCAAAGCCAAGGAGUUUGAAUCAAAGAUUAAGUGGACCAACGUCCUGUACAAGGCUGAAGGUGUGAAAAUCAAAGAUGACGAGGGAAUGCUGAAAGCUGCCCUGAAGCGAAAAGAGAAGAAGCAAAAACAAAGGGAGAAACGCUGGGACAAGCGCACUGAGCUGACUGCAGAUCGAAUGCAACAGAGACAGGAUAAGCGGCGCCGUAAUAUCAUGAAAAAGAAGCAGGCCAAGGUGGACAAAAAGAAAAACAGAGCGAGGAAGAAAGGUCGCAUCUUGCCUGAAGAUUUGGCCAAAGCUAAUUUCAAAUAAACGUGUAUGUAAAAAAAAAAAAAAA